UGAGGAGAUCUGUAUGUGCGGAGGGAUUUGAGUUUUUAACAUUUGUAGGACCGAGGUUCGAUUAUUUAACAUCAUCAUCUACCGUUAUUAACCCAAAUAAUCCAACGUAUCAUCACAAAUGUAUAUCAUAGACAAUUGGUCAACGAACAACAUGUCAAAUCAUCGAAUUUAUCGUGAGUUGUGAGAGCCCUCCGGCGAGAUCGAUCCCCUCCCUCCCCUCACCGUCGGCGACCAUGUCCUCCGCCUUCAGCGGCGAUGAGACCGCCCCCUUCUUCGGCUUCCUCGGCGCCGCCUCCGCCCUCGUCUUCUCCUGCAUGGGCGCCGCCUACGGCACCGCCAAGAGCGGCGUCGGCGUCGCAUCCAUGGGGGUCAUGCGCCCGGAGCUCGUCAUGAAGUCCAUCGUCCCCGUCGUCAUGGCCGGAGUGCUCGGUAUCUACGGCCUCAUCAUCGCCGUCAUCAUCUCCACCGGCAUCAACCCCAAGGCCAAGCCCUACUUCCUCUUCGACGGAUACGCCCACCUCUCCUCCGGCCUCGCUUGCGGCCUCGCUGGCCUCGCCGCCGGCAUGGCCAUCGGCAUCGUCGGCGACGCCGGAGUCAGGGCCAAUGCGCAGCAGCCAAAGUUGUUUGUGGGCAUGAUCCUCAUCCUUAUCUUUGCGGAAGCUCUUGCUCUGUACGGUCUGAUUGUUGGUAUCAUUCUGUCCUCCCGUGCUGGCCAGUCUCGAGCGGACUAGAGGAGUGUUUUGGAAGAAGGGCACACGGUUCAGCAUUGUAUUAUUCUACUGCAAGGGUUAAUUUGUUCCUAGAGACUUCUUGGUCUUUGUGUUGCGGGUUUCUGUGUAGAUGCUCCUUGUCUAAGGAAUAUCAUCUGGAGAUUUCGUCACUCCUGUAAUGUUACUCUAUCCACAACGCAAAGUUAUCUGGGUGGUUGUAUUUAUUGUUUGAAUUUUUCAAGUAAUAAUCGGUAACAGGCCGUCCGAGAUGUGAUUAGUAAUAAAUAAAUAAAUAAAUAAAUGAGCAAUCUAGACGAGACUAGUUUGAACUGUGAA